CGUGUGCGCAGCAGUUUUCCUUCUCUGUUUUGGCUCCACUUUUCUUUGCCGAACCUGUUUCCACUAACGCGAUAAGUGUUUCCACAGCGUGCUCUCGUCGGGCGCGCACCUCGUGAGGCGUUCAGGGCUCAGAUGGGCACAACGUCCAACACUCUGAAGGUAACUGAUGGGCGACCGCACGCGCACCAUGCUCAAUUAGCCCGCGCCACAGGUCGGGGAGUUCGUGUCGUUUAGGCUCCGGCAGGCGAUGGGAGAGGCUCUUUAGGCGCGGCGGCUCGGUUUCAGCUCUUGUCCGCGGAGACGGCCAGUCCCAUGCCAGCGCCCCGCGUGCCAGGCUGCACUCCACCCCGAGGACAGUGCCCCAGGCUCGGGGGUUAGAUGGUGCUUAUCACGGACGACAGGGAUGGAGGAGGCGCUUCGUCUGUCCGGGUCAAACAUCUCCAUCAGCAGCAGCAAAAAGUCGGGGGGAACAUCACCCAAGUCCACCCGACCAUAGCUGAGGAGCCCCUGUCCAACUCUGACGAGGACUACCUGGGCUCGUGCGACGAGGAGGAUGAAGACGACGACGACGGAGGGGAGGAGGAGGAAGAAGACGAAUUCGAAGAAGUUGACUUCGAGGACUUGGAAGAUUGUCGGAGCAUCGCGUCGGACGACUCCUUCUACCCGCCCGAUGAUGUGUUCGCGGACUCGGAGCGCACCCCGUCCCCGGAGAGCCCGCAGCCCCUCUCUUUUUUCCAGGCGUGCUGCACCAACAACGCGGCCAUCGUCCGGAUAAUGAUACGGCAUGGAGUGAAGGAGGAGGAGGUCAAGGAGAAGGACAGGAACAACAGGAUAGGGCUGUUGGUUGCAUGUUACCAAGGUUACGUGGACGUCGUCAUAGCGCUGUCUCAGUGUCCGUAUCUGGAUGUCAACUGGCAGGACAGCGAGGGGAACACGGCUCUCAUCACUGCCGCUCAAGCAGGCCACAUAACAAUCACCAACUAUCUGCUCAACUACUACUCUGGGCUGGACGUCGAGAGGAGGAACUGCCACGGCUUCACCGCUCUGAUGAAAGCCGCCAUGCAGGGCAGGGUGGAAUGCGUGCGCUCGCUCAUGAUGGCAGGAGCUGCCCUGAACGCCAGGGACUUUGGCCGCAAUUUGACUGCGAGGGAGUGGGCUGUAUUCACGAGCCGUUAUGAAACCGCCUGGGUGAUGACACGCCUGAUGGAGCGACCCUGCCCCCGCCAGUACUGUGACACAUACAGUCUAGAGUGGCCUCCACUUGCAUCACUGGUAGCCAAAGCCCAGGAGCCCCGUGGCUGUCUGAAGCGGCUGUCGGACACCGUGCGCCACGUCUUCAACAUCGCCAAUGUCACCAACCCCGAGGAUGACGGCGUCAUCGACCACAUGGUCUCUAUUACAACCGCCAUGAGGAGCCCUUUUAUCGCUGUGGCAUGCCAUACAGUGUGUCCUGACAGCCCCCCAAGUGUGGGCAAACGGCGCCAUGCAGUUCCUGAGAUCAUCCGCCAGCAGCGCGCCAAAGAGCUCCGCUCCGUCAACCCUGACAGGGUGGACAGCCACCUCAAACUCUUCCAGAACUCCCGCGUCACACUGGUGGCCAAGAACUCAGCAGACCGCCGGGCCAGCCUUCAGGCCCAGAGCCUGGUGCCUCGACACAGGAGCUCCAGCCUGGGCAUGGUGGCUUACAACGAAGCCAUGGAGCUGCGGAGGACCAGCCUGCUGCCCAUGCACAUGGUGCUGAGGAGGAGCAGCGUCAGGCCGGGGUUCAGCAUCCCCAAAGUGAGGGUGUCCAAGGCCCCGCCGCCCACUUAUGAGCCAGAGAAGAUCCGGAGGAAGAGCAACGUCAAAGACGGAGGGGGGCACCUGCUGCAGAUCCCAAAGUGGCGGUACAAGGAGCUAAAAGAAGAGCGGAGAAAAGCUGAGGAGGCUGAGAGGAGGAGGCUGGAGGCUAUAACCAAGAGACACCUCGCCGCCGGGAAAAGGAAAUAAUAUCAUUGCCACAGAGGUUGUCAUUUACGCUGCUCCCGAAAGAGAUAAUAUCUGGAGAGACCAUUGCUUUUGACAGAUUUUUGGCGUAUAUGUUUUUCUACAAUUUAUGUGCUCAGGGUGAGCCUAAAAUUACCGACAGUGUUCCUAAAAGAGGUCAGAAGACUGAAGGUUGCUGUUGCUGGUUGGCCUCUGAAAAAUGGGUUUUGCACGAUGCUCAAUGUCCUUGACGAUGUCAUACAGUGAACACCCAGGGGAUUUGAUACUUGAAAUGUUUGUAGCUAAUUUAUUUUUCAUAUUUAUUGCUUUUUUGUAAUGGAUGGCCAAGUCUACUGUAUAGUUUGAUACGCUUCGGGUGCUCGGCACAGCGGCGUUUCUGUAGUGCGCCGGAGCAGACGACACUAAUUCUUUCAGAUUGUAACCACAGCAGAAGUGUGUUCAUCUUUCUGCCUAAAAAAAACGAAGCAAUUUAUUAAAGAUGUUAUGGAAUAAUGUCUUUAUGAUAAUUCAGUGGAGAAUACUAAUGGGCGUGUCAUAUUGACUUAGAAUGCUAAACAUAAGCUUACAUAGAACAUAACGGCAUUUGACAGCAGUGAUUUUAAAUUUUUUGUUUCGCUUUAUAAUGACGAACCCACGAAUGUAUUUCGCAUAUAUAUUUUAUAUUAGAGACUUUAAAGCUUUUUGAUGACAAAUGUCUAAUUUUUUAUUCAAUAUGGACUUUUUCACAUACUGGUAUAUAAACAAGUCUGUUUUCUAGUCUUAAUGUUCGAGAGCAAGACUGAACUGUAGAGCACUACUGUGAUGUAACACUUAGAUCUUACCAUGUGGGAAGAAAAUUCAAACUUUCCAAAUGUUUACAUUGCAAGGCCACAUUCACACUGGUUGUAAUAGUGAUAAACUACCAUGCAAUGAAUGAGACGCUCAGAUGUGUGAGUUUGGUGUUACAGGGUGUGGACGACGUGGACAAAAUAAAA